CAGCCGCUCCCGUGGUCCCCACUUCGCGGCCACGGGGUCUUGCCUGGUGACUGCCGUACGAUGGAGUCCCCAGGGUAUUAGGAAGGGAACCAAAGAAAAGGCCUCCCCACCCUCGCGCACUGCCAAAGCCUUUCCUCCUUGGCAGCCGGUUUUUUUAAAAAAGGAAGUAGGUUCUUCAGCUUGUAACUGUUACAAGAUGCGAUGCUGGGAGUAUAGAAAUGCCUGCUUUAAGCGCCUGCCUGUCAAGCGCAAGGUCAUGAGUUCGAUCCCCGGUACAGAAAAAAAAAAGAAAAGAAAGAAAGAAAUGCCUGCUUAACGGAGCAGUUGCUUAUGAAGGAGUUCAAGACCUGGGAAGGAGUGUAGGCUUGGAUUGUAAUGAACCCAGAAUAUCGAAACUUUUAUUCAUUUCAACAACUGCGUAUGCUAUGAGAGGAUGUAUCCCGGGCUGCUUUGCUUUAAAGAAUCAUUUCUUCUGGGCCUCUACUUCAGCUCGGACCAUGUGGACCGCAGAUGAGAUUGCUCAACUGUGCUAUGAACACUAUAGGAUCAGGCUGCCCAAGCAGGGGAAACCUGAGCCAAACCGAGAAUGGACUUUAUUGGCGGCCGUAGUGAAGAUCCAGCCUUCACCUGACCAAGACUGUGACACUCCUGAUAAGCCAGCGCAAGUGACAAAGGAAGUUGUCUCAAUGGGAACAGGAACGAAAUGCAUAGGCCAGUCCAAAAUGAGGAAGAGCGGAGAUGUCCUCAAUGACAGCCAUGCUGAAGUCAUAGCCAGAAGGAGUUUCCAAAGGUACCUUUGCCAUCAGCUCCAAUUGGCAGCCACUCUAAAGGAAGAUAGUAUCUUUGUCCCGGGAACUCAGAGAGGGCAGUGGAAGCUCAGACCAGGUGUCUUUUUUGUGUUUUUCUCCAGCCAUACACCCUGUGGGGAUGCCUCCAUCAUCCCAAUGCUUGGGUUUGAAGAGCAGCCUUGCUAUCCUGCCAGCAGAGAUUGGGUUACAAACUCACCUGUGGAAGCCAGUGGUAACCUGGAGAUUCCUGAAAAUAAAAGGAAUUGUGAAGACCCUGACAGUCCCAUAGCCAAAAAGAUAAGGCUUGGGACUCCUGCCAGGUUGGGCACCAACGGAGCAGCUCUCCGUGACAGGCAAGGCAGUAACCCAGUCCCACCAGAUGUGAGCAGCCCUACAGUCCCUACAGAGGAACUGGCUCCUGUCACUGGAACAGCCCCCUGUGGUGUGAAAGUGGUGGACGUGUAUAGAACUGGAGCCAAGUGUGUGCCCGGAGAAGCUGGAGACCCUAGGAAGCCGGGUGCUGCAUAUCACCAGGUAGGGCUGCUCCGAGUGAAGCCAGGCCGGGGAGACAGGACUUGCUCCAUGUCCUGCAGUGACAAGGUGGCCCGAUGGAAUGUUCUUGGAUGCCAGGGCGCACUGUUGAUGCAUUUCCUGGAAGAGCCUGUCUACCUGUCUGCUGUGGUCAUCGGGAAGUGCCCAUACAGUCAGGAAGCCAUGCACAGAGCGCUGAUUGGGAGGUGUCAGAACAUCUCAGCUUUACCCAAAGGCUUUGGAGUUAAAGAACUGAAAAUUCAGCAGUCACGUUUACUGUUCGAACAGAGCCGCUGUGCAGUGCAGGCAAAAAGGGCUGAUUGUCCCGGUCGCCUUGUUCCAUGUGGGGCAGCAAUCAGCUGGAGUGCAGUUCCUGAGCAGCCGCUGGAUGUUACUGCCAAUGGUUUUCCACAGGGAACGACGAGGAAAGGCAUCGGAAGCCUUCAGGCCAGGUCCCGAAUCAGCAAAGUGGAGCUCUUCAGAUCAUUCCAGAAGCUGCGAAGCAGCAUUGCAGAGGACAAGUGGCCAGACUCCCUCAGAUAUUUAUUGGACUCCAAAAAUUUUGGGAUCUCUGCAGACUCUACAGCUUCACCCAGCAUCAUGCACCUGAACAGUAUUUUCGGGAGGCUGCGGGGAAGCACCAAGAUAGCAGAAUGGUAAGCAGCAGAGAAAGAGCCUCUCUGAGAGUUGCCAUCCAGAUGCUAGAAUGUAGCAAUGUGAGGAAGACAAAGAGGAGAGAUGUCGGUCCCGUGGACCCAGGAAGGAACCAAGGCAUGAAUUGAAGCCCAUGGAGUGAAGGGAGAAACUUCAGUGAAGAGGGAGGUAGCCAGAGGUGCCUUCUCCCUGAGAAGGGACUCACUGCACAAGAGGAGUGAUUCAAACCUGCAGACACAAGGUGACUGCUGUUGACCCCAAGGGCCUCCACAGAGAGAGACAGCAGUGGAGGGGAGCAGUGGACAUGAAAGACUGCACUAGCUGGUGGUGAGUGCUGCGGGCUCAGUCAUCCCAUGCAAGAGGGCACUUGUCUGGGAGCCAUCUUGGAGAGGAGCCGACUGAGCUCAGAACUCAGAGCAGCUGCCAGUUCCAUCUAACGGCCCAGCUGGGCACAGGCCCACAGAAGGUGCACUGACGGCUGCAGGCUCAGUGAGUCUAGUCUGGGCCAGAAGGUGCAGGCUUACUGAGAUUAUCCACUACCCUACCAAAAAGCUACUGCUGGCCUGCUGGCUUGCUGGG